AUGGAAGAACCCUCUAAAAAGCGGAUCGCUAUACGACCGUUCUCGGACCGCCUCUGUGCAUGGCCGGAUGAGGAUUGGUCAGGUAUAACUGACCCAAAGACACGCCGAAGGCUGCAAAACCGCUUGAAUCAAAGAGCUCGACGUCUACAGAACAAAGAAUUGGCAAAGGCCUUCGGGGACGGAAAGGAUCGACAUGAUGACAACUCUCUCACUACUAAAGAACAUGCUAUUACACGGCAGACAAAUGAACGAAGACCAGCAAAACAUGCCGCGACGGACGCGACCUCACUCAUCUCCUUGGAAGAGAUUGAGGAUGUGCGUAUCUUAGACUCGCAUUCAAUAGCGACGAAAAUCAAGAUGCAACGUUUAGAGAUGACGGCACGCCGAUAUCACAUGUUGGGGUCUCCACGCACCGAUCUUCUGCUUCACCUGAUUCAGUUCAAUUUCACCAAAGCACUCAUGGAAAACACUAUGAUCUUGGGCCUCACAUCAGACCAGCUAGACGACGAUGCCAUUUCACCCUUUAACACCACUGGCCCGUGGCAGUACGACUAUGAAAGUUACCUUCCACCCAGUCUUCAGCCCACUGUGAUCCAACGGUCUAUCCCACACCACCCAUGGUUAGACCUACUUCCUAUUCCCCACAUGAGGGAUACUCUGAUCCGAGCUGGAGACUUCGAGGAGGAAACACAGCUCUGCAUCGAUAUGAAGGGGAGUGGCAAUGCGGGCCCAGAGAAGACUGGUAUUAUUGUUUGGAGCGACCCUUGGGAUGCAGCGGGAUGGGAGGUUACGGAGUCUUUUGCUCGUUCUUGGGGCUGGGUUAUCAAAGACUGUGUUGAUUUGGCACAUUCCACAAACAAGUGGCGGGCAAUGCGGAAUGAAAGACCCCUGUUUCGUAUGAGCUGA